CAGUUCAGUUUUAAAACGGAGCGUGGGAGGGAGCGCGGCGGAACGAAGCAGCCUGGAGGCCAAAAUGUUCGUUGAAGGAGAAGGUAUAGUGCGGAUGACUUGGUGCGGCGGGGAAUUAAAGUGAUCCGUGUGGAGUGGAUCUGAUGGCCUCGGUGGAGUUACUUUACAUAGAUAAAAGAGGUGGAAGACCCGAUCCUCCAGGAUUACUGGACUGGUCUUCUAGUCCUCUUCAUGUUCACAAGCUGAGCAGAUCAGUGGAAGAAGCUUGUCAUGGACAGUGCGAUUCAGCACCAAGGACGGCGGCUCCACUCAGAGGACAGCAUGGCCAGCACCGCCAUCAUCAGCCCGCAGAGAAGGUCAGAGUGUGCUGCGACGAGGAGCUGGAGACCUCUUUCACUUACGUCGACGAAAACGUCAAUCUUCGGCUGGCCACUCCGGACACGAGCGAGAAAAGCCCUCGUCACGCGACGCCGGCGCUCCACGACUCCGCGAGCGAAAUCCGUCCCGAGGGGCUUCAGGAGCUAUCGCUGAUGUCCGACAUCGACCUCAGCUCGGAGAGUACGGGGAAAUCCGUGGAUUACGGAUUCAUUAGUGCGGUCACGUUCCUCAUUACCGGGAUCUCGCUCGUGAUCAUUUCGUACGCGGUCCCAAGGGAUGUCAGAGUGAACCCUGACAACGUGUCCGCGCGCGAAAUGGAAAGACUCGAGAACGAGAGCGCCAGAAUAGGCGCGCACCUGGACAGGUGCGUUAUCGCCGGCCUUUGCUUUCUCACUUUGGGCGGCGUGGUGCUAUCCACAUUGCUAAUGAUUUCAAUGUGGAAGGGUGAGAUGUACAGGAGAAAAGCCUUCGCGUAUUCCAAGCACUCCACAAAACUCUACGGCUCUAUUAACUUAAGAACAAAAUCGAGCCCGUGUCGGUCGUCGCCAACAUGUAGUUUUGUUGAGGAGGAGAAUGGUGAUGCCAUUAGUUGACUGUACUCUCUAGUCAUUUAUACCUAUAAUGCUGACCUAACCAGCAUGGCCAAAAAGCUUGUAUCUCUGACUAUGUAGCAACUGCUUACAGAUCCAGAAAAACAGAAUAUCACAUUACAGAGGUCUCAGGCUCCACAAAUAUACAGCAUGGUACUAUUUGCAUUUACCAUAAAGCAAAAUACUUUUUGAGAGCAAAAUGAUGUCUAGCUCAUUUGUUGACUUUAUGAGCUAAAAAUGAUGAGAGCAAUGUGUCCUAGCAAUGAAUAAGUAGGCUACACUGAUUCAGCAAAUGCUCCAUUAUACGAAAUCCUGCUGCUAAUACUGACUA